AUGUCCACCCAACCCCAACCCCACCCAGACUCAACCCCAGACCCAGACCACGACAAACGCACCGCCGAAGCCAAAACCGCCUUCACCGCAUCCCUCUCCUCCAUCGGCACAAACCACGACGCCCCCCUCCGCGCCCGCGCCUCCCUCCUCCACGCCAACGCCUCCGCGCUUAUGAAACAAGAAAACAACGUUGUGCAGGCGACGGAGGAUCUGGGGCGGUCGAAUGGGGAGUUGGAGAGGGUGGCGGAUAAGGCGCGGGAGGGGUUGAAGGAGAUUGGGGAUGUGCAGAAUUGGGCGGAGGUUAUUGAACGGGAGUUGUUGGUUUUGGAGGAGGUUGUUAGGAAUGUUGAGGAGAGUGUUGAAGAGCAGGAAGGUGGAGUUGGUGGGCAUGGGGAUAGGGAUAGGGAUGGGGGUGGUGGUAGUAGUGGUGAGCAGAGGAGUGGUGAUGCUGUUGGUAGGGGGAAUGGGGAGAGUAAUGGGUGGUUGAGGUGGUGGUAG